GCCUCCAUUUUGCCUCCUAAGACGAGCUACGUCUCACGUGUCCUGGGCUGUCUCCUCUCACAUGACCCGAGUGUUUGUUCCCGUGAUCAAGCACUUCCAUCUCCAUCCGAAAAUCCCCUCAUUUUUUUUUUUUUUUUUUUUUUUAAAUUCAGACACUGAUGGAUAUGCUCGAACAUAACCUGGACAACGUCAGCCAAGAUAAACAAGAAGAAGAGGCGCUGCAGGCAUCAGACGACGGAACCAGAGACGAGCAGGCGGCCGUCACCAUACAGCAGGCCGCAGCGUUUGGAGAGCCCAACAUACAAUACCAGUUCCGCACUGAGGGGGGACAGGUGACAUACCGUGUGGUCCAGGUCACUGACCAGAACCUCGAGGGACGGGACGACGGCGGCGGAGCAGUGAGUGUUGUCUCCGCAGCAGCCUUCAGCGGUGCUCCUCAGGCUGUUGCUCAGGCAGUGAUCCAGAACCCUUUCAGUAAUGGCGGAAGCCCGGCAGGGGAGUUAGCGGGAGGGGAGGCGCGCUUCGCCUACUUCCCCGCAGCGGCGGUGAGCGAUAGCGCCGUGUCCGUGCAGGCCACCGCCGCCGACUCUGCACUCACGCAGGCAGGAGGCCAGUUCUAUGUGAUGAUGACCCCUUCGGAUGUCAUUCAGACAGGCGCCGCGCGAAGCAUCGCCCCACGUACACAGCCCUUCUCCGUAGAUGAAAACGAGACGCUGCGGCAUGAAGGUUUAAACUGGAAAAUGGACGGGCCGCGAACUCCGCGAGAUGAAAGGAGGAGAGCACAACAUAAUGAAGUUGAGAGGCGGAGGAGGGACAAAAUCAACAACUGGAUUGUGACACUCUCCAAAAUCAUCCCUGACUGCAACAUGGACAGCACCAAAACCGGAGCAAGCAAAGGAGGCAUCCUGUCCAAAGCGUGCGACUACAUCCGUGAGCUCAGGCAGGGCAACCAGCGGCUGCAGGAUAGCCUGAAGGAAGUGGAGAGGCUCCAGGUGGACAAUGAGCUCUGCAGGCAGCAGAUCCAGGAACUGAAGAACGAGAACGCCUUGCUGAGAGCACAGCUCCAGCAGCACGGGAUCGAGAUGGUGGGGGAGACACCACCACCGCAGUAACGACUAAGGUGCCGCCGCGCCGCUUCAGGAAAACAAACAAAAGACUUGUGGAAAAUCACAUUUCACGAACUUGCCGGGAAUGCCCUCCUCGCGGCCUCACCCAGGCAUCGCUUGACUAUUCCGACGAGACGCAACCGACGUGGAGGCAACAACACCCUCCUGCUAAAGUCUGCCUCACUCAAGGACGAUGAUGACAUUUAAUUUCAUUAAGUCUGCCCUCCCUCUCCCACCCCCCAACCUACCCAGAUGAUGAUCAUUAUCGUUACUUUGGACUAUUAGUUGAUGCUUUCUGACUUCUUUAUUAAUGUCAUUUUUUUAGCUGCUUUAAUUUAUUAGUCUGCUUGGUGACAGAUUGUUAGAUGGAGAGCAGUUACACGGGCGAGACCCCAAAAGAGUCAACAAUCAGUCACUUGAUAGCCUUGAUGCAGGCGUUUUGCAGGAGCGCCAUUCGAGUGUGCAAUCGUAACGCUCGACUGGGGGGCUGUGAAGGAAUACUUGAAAUGUUGUGCAUUUUGUAGAAGAAUCCCACUGUGGACGACACAGUAGGAAAAUGAGAUGUAAGCAUAAGAAAUUGGUGGAGGGGCCAGCGGCACCCACCCCCCUCCUACCAUAAGGAGACAUGCAAAACCAUCUCUCAUUUGCUCAGCCCUGCAAUAAUUGGUUGAGCACGCAGUCACUACUAACCCCGUGUGAAAAUAACAACGGGGCGGGGGGCGGUGGGAUUUGGGUAAUAUCCACUGAUCUUUUCUCAUCACUAUGUAGGCCCCCUGAGCCAAAGCGGGAAUGAUGGAUGCUUUCUGCUGCAACAGAAUGUGAAGUCGAGGUGAAUAAUGCAAAUGCCACACAGACAUUUGCUAAUUUGCUAAUCAUCAAAAGGUUAUAUUGUGGCUGAUUAGUCCCCACCCCCUGCCCCUAAAUCUGCUUUUGAAAUUACAAAAUGAAGAAGACAAACUUUCCCCAAACCAAUUCCGCCCUCUCUGUAGCAGCCUCACUGUCUCUCAGGUUAGAUUGUAAGACAUCUUUUGUAUGUAAAAAAAGUUGAAAAUAAACAUUUACCGAGCUAU